AUGCUGCAGCUGAGCCUGUCCUGGCUGGGACUGGGGCCGCCAGCAGCCUCCCCGUGGCUACUCCUGCUGCUGCUGGGAGCCUCCUGGUUCCUGAUCCGCUUCCUGACCUGGACCUACACCACCUAUGACAACUCUCGCCGCCUCCGAUGUUUCCCGCAGCCCCCGAAGCGGAGCUGGUUUUGGGGUCACCUGGGCAUGAUUCAGAGCUCGGAGGAGGGUCUCCUCUAUACAGAGGGCCUGGCGAGCACCUAUGGGGAUGUGUGCUGCUGGUGGGUGGGGCCCUGGCACGCGGUCAUUAGAAUCUUCCAUCCCACCUUCAUCAAACCUGUGCUCUUUGCUCCAGCUGCCAUUGUGCCCAAGGACAUGCUCUUCUAUGGCUUCCUAAAGCCUUGGUUGGGGGAUGGGCUUCUACUGAGUGCUGGUGACAAGUGGAACAGUCAUCGUCGAAUGCUGACUCCCGCCUUCCACUUUAACAUCCUGAAGCCCUAUAUGAAGAUUUUCAAUGACAGUGUGAAUAUCAUGCAUGCCAAGUGGCAACGCCUGAUCUCAGAGGGCAGAACCCGUCUGGACAUGUUUGAACACAUCAGCCUCAUGACUCUGGACAGUUUGCAGAAAUGUGUCUUCAGUUUUGACAGCAAUUGCCAAGAGAGGCCUAGUGAAUAUAUUGCUGCCAUCUUGGAGCUCAGUGCCCUCGUCACAAAACGGCACCAACAACCCUUACUGUACACGGACUUCCUGUACUACCUAACCCCUGACGGACAGCGCUUCCGUCGGGCCUGCCGCCUCGUGCACGACUUCACAUAUGCCUGCAUCCAGGAGCGCCGCCGCACCCUCCCUGAUCUGGGUGUUGAGGACUUCCUGAAGGCCAAGGCUAAGACCAAGACUCUGGACUUCAUUGAUGUGCUCCUGCUGACCAAGGAUGAAAAUGGGAAGGGACUGUCAGACGAGGACAUCCGAGCGGAGGCUGAUACUUUCAUGUUUGAGGGCCAUGACACCACAGCCAGCGGCCUCUCCUGGGUCCUGUACAACCUGGCAAGGCACCCAGAAUACCAGGAGCGCUGCCGGCAGGAGGUGCAACAGCUCCUGGGGGACCGGGAGCCUAAAGAGCUUGAAUGGGACGACCUGGCCCAGCUGCCCUUCCUGACCAUGUGCCUCAAGGAGAGUAUGCGCUUGCACCCCCCAGUCAUCGGCAUCUCCCGCUGCUGUACCCAGGACAUUACGCUCCCUGAUGGCCGGGUCAUCCCCAAAGGUGUCACCUGCCUUAUCAGUAUUUUGGGGACUCAUUACAACCCACACGUGUGGCCAGACCCUGAGGUCUAUGACCCCUUCAGAUUCGAGCCAGAAAACGUCCAGAAGAGGUCACCUCUGGCUUUUAUUCCCUUCUCUGCGGGGCCCAGGAACUGCAUCGGGCAGAUGUUCGCCAUGGCCGAGAUGAAGGUGGUCCUGGCGCUCACGCUGCUGCGCUUCCGAGUCCUGCCCGACUCCGUGGAGCCCGAGCCGCGCAGGAAGCCCGAGCUGAUCCUGCGCGCCGAGGGCGGCCUCUGGCUGCGGGUGGAGCCGCUGAGCGCCGGCCCGCACUGA